CCGUGCCCAGGGUGCCGGUCCCGGUCGAGGCAGGAGAUGGGGCUGUGUACACGCCUCUCCUGGCGCACGCUGAGCAGGCGGAUGUGCUGGAGCGCCUUGACUUCGUGCUGAGGAACAUUUCCGAGCUCAGAAAGGAGGUGGAGGAGCUACGGAACAGCCUGCAGCACUUGGCUGCAGAAAUCGUUGGCGGAGUCAGGUCCCAUCUGGAAGAAACCCAGAAAGCAACUCGCCGGAGGCGAUUCCCAUUUCCUAGAGAAAGGAGUGAUUCCACAGGCUCCAGUUCAAUUUACUUCACAGCCAGCUCAGGGGCAGCCAAUACGGACGAUGGAGAAAGCGAAGGAGGGUACAGCACAGCUAACGCGGAGUCUGACUACGACCGGGAGUCCGAGAGAGAGAGCGCGGAAGAGGAAGAUGAAGUGAGCUGUGAAACAGUGAGAACUGCGCGUCGGGAUUCCCUGGAUCUCGUCAACGAGGACGAGGGGCUUUUAGCCGUGGAUUCCCUGCUGACGGAAGGACUGGGACAUCUGCUGCAGCAGGCUGACCGCCUGCAUGACGGAGAUGAGCAGGAGAAGAGAGAGGGAUUCCAGCUGCUGCUGAAUAACAAACUGGCGUACGCGGACCAGAAGGACUUCCGUUGGCGCCUGGCCCGAGCGUAUAGUGACAUGUGUGAGAUUGCGGAAGACGCGGAUGAGAAGAGGUCGUACGCGGCUGAUGGGAAAGAAGAGAUGGAAACUGCUUUGCAGACGUGGGAUCAAAGUGCCGAGUGCCAUCAGUGGUACGCUGUUCUCUGUGGGCAGUUAUCGCAGCAUCAGAGUACUCGGGAGCGCAUUCAGACUGGGUAUGUUUUCAAGGAACACAUCGACAAAGCGAUUGAACUGAAACCAGAGGAUCCAAAGUCUUACUACCUGUUGGGCAGGUGGUGUUACCAGGUUUCCCACCUGGGAUGGCUGGAAAAAAAGACUGCUUCGGCUUUGUUUGAGGCUCCCCCCACGGCCACUGUACAGGAGGCGCUGCAGAACUUCUUACGGGUUGAGGAACUGAGCCCAGGAUUUUCCAAAGCAGGAAGAGUGUACAUUGCCAAGUGCUACAGGGACCUGGGGAACAAGUCUGCAGCUGGUCUCUGGAUGGCCCUGGCUUCGGAGCUGCCAGCUAACACGAAAGAGGAUGCCGAGAGCGAGGGAGAGCUGGAAGAGAUGCGGUCGGUCUGGCAGGAGUAA